UCCAUUCAGGAAUGUGCGGGUCGGGAUUGUCGUGUUUGUGAUGAGGAGGGCAACUAUUGCUGAAGAAUUCCUGUAGUGUUAUGCCUCACUACACCACUUGAUUGCCUGAGCUGUCUUGACUAGCCCUUUGUCAACUCGUCCAGAAACCAUGGAGCUGAACCUGACUCGAGUGGACUACAUGCAAGUGGGCCUGACAUCUCCACGCUGUCUUAGAGUACUGCCAUCUGGGACUCCUAAAGCACAGCAGAAGGUGGUGAUUGGGGACCAUGAUGGAACAAUCCAGCUCUUCACUAUGAAACGUGGGGAAGUACAAUUUGGCUUCCAGACUCAGACUGGCAAGAACAUCACUCGUCUUGAGCUUGGUGGAGCACUUGGAACAGUGAAAGACAAAAUAUUUGUCUCUUCUGGCAAUGAGGUCCGAGGUUAUACAAAGAAAGGGAAGCAGUUCUUAGGAUUUGAUACAAAUUUAACAGAAGAAAUCAAAUCAAUGCACAUUAGUGGAAGUGACCUGUUGGUAUGUGGUGAUUAUGUCUACAACCAUUACCAUGACUGUCAAGAUUCAAACUACUAUUUGGCUGCAGACAAAAUAAAUGAUGUUAUUUCACUGCCUGCUGAGAAGAUGAAAAACUUGGUGCCUGUGUUGGCUUGUGAGGACCGCCUGCUAAGAGUGAUGAGGGACUCAGAUGUCCUGUAUUCAGUGGAGCUACCCUCUCCCUCCACUUGCCUCCAACUCUUCUACAAUGAUGGAGGAGAAAAUGGUGACCAACUCCUGUAUGGUACCUCAGAUGGGAAGAUUGGUCUUGUGCAGCUGGGCAGAGGCUCAGCAGUUCAUCGGUGGGUAAGUGAGAAUGGUGGCGGGUCAGGCAGUGUUGGCUCCUCUCGGCGUGGUGGUGUGACCAGCAUGGACCAUCACGACAUGACUGGGGAUGGCAUACGGGAUCUUAUUGUGGGUAGAGAUGAUGGUUCACUAGAAGUUUAUUCCUAUGAAGAUGGAGAUGAGGCAGAGCCAACCCUCAGAUUCUCCAUGGCUUGCAAUGAAAGUGUGACCUCAGUACAGGGUGCAGUUGUCGGAAGUGCUGGUUAUGAUGAAAUUGUUGCAUCAACAUACACAGGCUGGGUCUUUGGAGCCACAACAGAGCCUAUGGACCGCCACAUGACCUCAGAGUCAGGAGUGGUGCAGAUUUCCCAGGACUCAAAACUCAAGAUAGAGAAACUGAGGGGUGAGAUUGAUGACCUGCAGCAGAGAGUGUUGAGAGAACGUGACCAGUACCAGGCAGCCACUCAGAGUGCCUUCCCAGGCAUCUCAGCAGUUCCAUUCUUUUCCAUAAAUGAUAAGAUGACCUUGAAUCGUAGCGAUGCAUCAUAUCUGCUGAGCCUGGAGGUGCAGACAGCAAUAGACAAUGUGCUGCUGCAGAGUGAUGUUCCCAUUGACCUACUUGAUGUGGAGAAGAACUCAGCUGUUGUGAGCUACAGCACCUGCGACCCUGACAGUGGAAACUUCUUGCUGGCAACUUACCGAUGUCAAGCUAACACCACUCGCUUGGAGGUACGGAUCAGAACCAUUGAAGGACAAUAUGGCACACUACAGGCCUACAUCACUCCCAGACUGCAGCCCAAGUGUUGUCAGAUCACAGAGACAGUCCCGGCAUCCAUCGGUGAAAUCAGUGUGUGCCCAGGCCUUACAGACCAUACACUCUUCCCAUUCUUCACCUGGAAGGGAGUUGCUCCUGGCCUCUCCCUCACCCCCUCCACCAAUUGUCCAGCUGUGGUCAUGAGAAUAACAUUCUCCUGCAUUUUCAAUGGUUGGUCUGGCAGGAAACACAGAGAGUACAAUUUCAGUUGUGGUGGCGUGUUGGCCCCUAUCGUACGGGGCUCCUCAUAUGUGUUACUAGAAUUUGCCAUGGUUACAAUGAUCAUGAUUCAUUGUACCUGCCAACAGCUGCACUGUGUGUAUAGUGCAAAGGAAGCCAUCUUUAAAUCAGAUAACAUCUCAACCAUUUCAAUCCUCAAAGACGUCCUCACCAAGGAGGCAACACGAAAGAAAGUUCAGUUGGACAUCUCUUGUGAAGUGAGUGAGGAGAGUGUGGUGCACGCUCUCCAGCUCCUUCACCCACGGCUUGGUGCACAGCUUAUGUUGGCAAAGCAGGUAUCACUGAUAGAUGCUCUGAGGGAACUGAGUUCCCAUGAAUCAGACACAAGUUUUCUUUCCCCUGAGUACCAGUACAUCCUGGACAAUGCAGAUGACCUACAAGCACAGUACCGAAAACAGCCAUGUCAUCUAGAGCGUUUGUAUGGUAUGAUUACAGACUUGUACAUUGAUAAGUACAAAUUCAAAGGCAUUAAUGUCAAGAGCCGUGUUCCCCAACUCUUGGAAAUAUUGGACAACUAUGGUAAUCUUAACAUCCAGCACCUUACAAACUUCUUUCAAGCACAGUAGAAGGAAUAGCUUGUGUAUGGUUAAAUCUCUUCUGUUGUAUGAAACACUUUUUCAUGCAAGUGGUCUCAUGAGUUCAGUACCAUUCAUGAUUGGUAACUCAUUAAUUCUUGCUGAAUCCAAAUUAUUGUAAUUUUUUUUACCAUGCAUCCAUUUUUACAAGUUUUACAUGUAAGAUCGAUUUUGAUCAAGUAAAAGCAACAAAUCUCUUAAACACACAAAUAAAAGAAAUUCGGAUCUGAAUAAGUCAUAAACUGUUUUGAUAUAUAGAAUUGAAAGGCAUGUAAAAAGCUAGAAAAAGUAGGAGAUUUUUUACCUAAUAUGCCAAAAUGAACCAAUUUUUAGAGAUGUUAAAUAUGUCACACAAGUUCUGUGGUUCACCAGUUGCAUUUGCAGUGCAGAACUCAUGAGAUCUACUUGUCAAGUUGAAGUACACACAAGUCCGUCCAGGAUAGGUUUUUAUAAGAAAUUUACAAUAUAGAAGAAAUCUAUUAGUAUUAGCAGUAGGUGAGAUGGUGCUGUCACCUCUUACAAGGGAUGUAGUGAUAAAAGUAAGGCUUCAUAAAUGUGAUAAAUUUGUAAGAUGGUAUGUUGUGGAGACACUGUAAGAGUAUUAUAUAAUUCAGAUUUAAUCAGGUAAUGAAAAGAAUUAAGCAUUGCAUACAUUGAAUGUAGUUAAGACAGCAAUUAGCCAUCCAUGGGAAAAAUGUAGUCUGACCUCACGAUUGGAGUGUCCUUCAACAAUGUUGGCGAACUGAUUUUAUCCUCCAAUUUGAACAAACUCCUCUUCAAGCAACACCACUUGGUCACUAUAAUAAUCCCUCUUGCAUUCCUCCUCUUCCUCUAUUUACACCAUUGUUGCCCUCUCUCUCUCUCUCUCUCUCUCUCUCUCUCUCUCUCUCUCUCUCUCUCUCUCUCUCUCUCUCUCUCUCUCUCUCUCUCUCUCUCUCACAUUAUAUGGUACUUUGUGUUUUGUUUUGUAUUUUUCUACAAUUACAUUAUUUUUAUUCAAUUCUAUGUAGGGCACAGUAUAAGAAAAUAAACAAAUAAAAAAAAAUGAGGCCAAGGAUUUUAGGAGCUGGAGCAGAUUAAUUCUUUUAACAUUGAUUUGAAUAGGAUAAAUUGUCUCCUAAUUCAAACAGCCUAAAAGUAUCAUAUAUUUCAGUGCUUUCAAAAUUUUGUAUAGACUUUUAAAACUUUCAUGGGGAUAAAUAGAUACCUUGUCAAAAUUUAGAUGAUCUAGAUACAUAGAAUACAACAGUACUACAUGGUAUGACAACAUAAAUCAAUAACAUGAUGAUGCUUGGACGUAGCUAUUUUUAUGGGGAUUUUAGCAUUACUUUCAAGUGACUGACAUGGCUGAGUAAUCACACACCAAAAUAAACAUCUCAUAGGACUACUCUGGUGUAAUAGGAGAGAAAUCCAGAUGUUCCAGUUUUUAGCUGUUGUAAUCCAUUCUUCAUGGUGUGAUGGCAUGGACACUAAAACAGGAACCAAGCUGGAUAUCCAACAAAAUUGUGUUGGUUAGACACAGCAAUGCUUUCGGUAGGACACUCAAGUUGCCCAUUUUGUAUUCAAAAUUAUUGUUUCCAUAUACUAGUAAUCUGAUCUGUGUAACUUGGAUUUGUAUGUGGCACAGACUACAAGUUAUGUGAAUAACUGGGAUUUGUGACCACCCUGCUUAACUCCUUAACAAAUAUUUACUUGCUCAUAUAGCUUUACUUUCUACACAUGCAGGGUAGCUCACAAGAAUGUAAGGACUUGUGAAAUUCUGUUUACACUAGAACUUUGUCUUCAUGCCUUAAGAAAAUAGUAAUAAAAAAAUAGGGUUUUUUUCUUUAUUUACGAAAUUUGCACAAUUUGUAGCCUUAAAAUUAAAUACUAUGAAGAACAGCUCUCAGUACCCUUACCAACUCAUCUGCAUACACAUACAUAAACUUUUUCUGGCAAGAAAUAUAAAUUUCUUUCACUACCAAACAGAAGUUAAUUAAUUAAACCUCCAUUUACACAUUUGAAACAGGAAUAUUACUCAGUUGUGUGCAAUCAUAGGAGUUACUCAGUGUUCAAACAUAAAUCUGGAGGUGAGUAUAUCUGCUGCAUGAUUAAUGUGUAAACAAUUGUUAAUGCCUACAGAAAUAUAUUAUAAUAAUGAAAGACAGAGAGAGAGAGAGAGAGAGAGUGGGGCGUGGUUGCUGAGGAUGGAAGGAUGAGAGUUGAGGUACGACCUGAAAGGUAUUUACUGUGUGGUCAGGUACCCAAUAACAGCUUCCACAAAACAGACAUGGCAGGUUUCAGCUGCCGGGAGAUAUAGUUCAAAUCAAGGUUUUAGUAGAUGACUGUACAUAAAAGUAGUUACAAAGCAAAGCAUUUCUGCCUACUUGGUGUUGCUUGCUGUAACUUAUCUUCCCAUUGUGUAUUUCUAGAUGAAUUUCUUCAAACACAUGAUUUUGCAUUAUACUUCAUUCAACAUAAAUAUCUGCACAGAAAAAAAAAAAAAAAAAAAAAAAAAAAAAAAGACAA